AUGGCAUUUGCGACCUCUCACAAUGGCGUCAGUGGAAAUGUCAACGAUCUCCUCGACACGAGUCCACAAAACGCCGUCAACAUCAACGAGAUCAGAGCUCGAUUUCCGGGUCUACCCGAGGGAACGGCGCUCUUCAAUAAUGCUGCAGGGACUGUUGUUCUAAAGGACGCAAUAGAAAGCGCCAGCAAGCUAAUGCAGUCGAUGCCAAUGCCUGGAGGGUCAGACACGAAGAGCAUGGAGGCGAUACAUGCAUACCAGAAGAACAAGACUACAGUAGCUGGAUUCCUGAAUGCUGGUACAGAUGAAAUCACAUUUGGUCAGUCAACCACUUGCUUGUUUCGCCUACUCGGCAUUUCCCUCAAGCCGUUGUUGAGUAGUGACUGCGAAAUCGUCUGUUCGACUCUGUGCCACGAGGCAAUGGCCAGCGCUUGGAUUCGCCUGGCCCGCGAUUUGGGCGCCACGAUCAAGUGGUGGUCGCCGAACCAGGACGACCCGGACGACCCGCGUCUCAGCCUCGAGAGGCUGCAGCAGCUCUUGACGCCCAAAACGCGCAUCGUCACCUGCAACCACGUGUCCAACGUCAUCGGGAGCAUCCAUCCGAUCCGCGCGGUCGCCCGUCUUGUCCACCAAACCCCGGGCUGCAUGCUCAUGGUGGACGGGGUGGCGUGCGUGCCGCACCGGGCCGUAGACGUCAAGGCGCUCGAGGUCGACUUCUACUGCUUCAGCUGGUACAAGGUCUUUGGGCCCCAUCUUGCGACGCUGUAUGCCAGCCGCCGGGCGCAGGACCGGUACAUGACGAGUCUGAAUCACUUCUUUGUUCCGUCGGGCUCGCUCGACGGUAAACUCGCGCUGGGCAUGCCCUCGUUUGAGAUGCAGAGCAUGUGUGGCCCCAUUGUCCGCUAUCUGCAGGAUUUCGUCGGCUGGGAGACGAUUGUGAGGCAGGAGACGCUGCUGACCAGGAUCGUGCUGGACCACCUGCUCAGCAAGCCGGCCGUCUACCGCGUCUUUGGGCGGCGCGUGUCGGAUCCGACGCAGCGCGUGUCCAUCAUCACAUUUGAGGUCCGCGGUCAGCAGUCGGGGGAUGUCGUGUCCCGCAUCAAUGCGAGAAAUCGGGUCCGCAUUGUGGCGGGGGAGUGUCUGGCGCCUCGUCCGACACGGGACGUCCUGAAGCCGGAAAGCAGCGAUGGGUUGAUUCGGGUGAGCAUUGUUCAUUAUAAUACGGUACAGGAGGCUGAGACUCUAUGCGACGAGCUUGACUUGGUCCUCGCGGAGAUGCAAUCCGAGGUUAGAUCGCCGUCAUGGGCAGCUGAGAAGAGCAAAUGA